GAUGGGAGCCACUUUGGAAUCGCAUGGCGGCUCUGGACGCACUGCUGAGCCGCGACGUCGUGGCCGCCAUCACAGCGUACCAAGACGGCGUCCCGAUGCCGCUGCUACCGAUGGCCGCGCACCUCCGCUGCGUUCAGCGUUACCGUGCUCACUCGUACCCGAUUCGGACCGCGCUGCCAGCGCCGGCGCGCCACGCGUUGCCGAUCGUCGACAUCGCGCGCCUCUUGCGCUUUCGCCCGGCGCUGGGGUCACCCUCGGUCGUAGAUCACGCCGCAGCGAGCAACGACGUUGCGCUCGUUGCGUUCUUGCUCGACUUGGGGCUGUCGUGCUCGAGCUGUGCGCUCGACGAAGCCUGCGAGCAGGGGCACGUAGCAAUGCUACAACUGCUGCACGACCGCGGCGCGCCAUGCACCAGACAUGCGAUGGACUAUGCGUCGACCAACGGGCACCUUGACGUCGUCCGCUUCCUCCACGAGCGGCGCGGCGAAGGCUGCUCGUCGUUUGCGAUGACGGGCGCCAUCAUGCACGGUCACGUGGCAGUCGUCGCAUUCCUGCACCAUCGCCGCACCGAGGGCUACAACCCGCGGGCGUUUGACUUAGCGGCGGCGCGCAACGACAUGGCGACCGUGCGCUUCCUGCACCGGCAUCGCCGCGAAGGCUGCACACGCGAUGCACUCACGGGCGCCAGCCGCGCGGGCCACGUAGACAUGGCGACCUUCCUGCUCCAGCACCGAAGCGAAGGGAGCGUGGACGAAGCGUUCGUCGCAGCCAUCGCGGGCGGGCACCUCGCACUUGUAGAGUACUUUUGGCAGUCGUUCGGAGGGCUGCUGCUCGGCCACGUGGCAGCCGGACACGCUUUGGCGACGACACUAGGGCACACGAAGGUCGCUGGCUUCUUGGCCGACAAAGCGCCACCGCGGUUUGCCUGGUGCGAGCUAUGGGACCGCUAUCUCCGCCCGUGGACGGCGCGCUUUGUCGACGAUGUCCUGGGCUUGGAUAUCGUUCUAUCGGAUUGAAAAUUGAAUCAAAUUGGAUGCUAUCCAACUAUCCAA